CAUCUCUGUAGCUCUUGCUGGACUUGCUCGUAGCUCCCUGUCUUUCUUGUACUGGGGAGCCCAGACCUGGACGCAGCACUCCAAAUGUGGCCUCACUGGGGCAGAGCAGAGGGGAGGGUGGCCUCCCUCGCCCUGCUGGCCACGCUCCUUUGAAUGCACCCCAGGAUACCAUGGUGAACAGUGACACAGUACCAGUUGUGGCUGGAAUGGGAAAUACUGGAUAAAGCCACUCAUCUUGAUCCUAUGAACAGCGAUCCAAAAGUGAGACCUUUUGAGCUCUGUGGGACUGCCGCAGGCUGUGUGACCCAGUAGCUCCCCCUGAGCCGGGACACCUCGCAGGGGAGAGUUUGCAAGGAUUGAAGAAUCGUCCAUCAGCGAUUUCGCAAGGACUCGGAGGCCUGACUUUGCGAGGUUCACUGACCGUCCAUUGAUGAAUGCUGGCACAUAAUAGAAAGAAUGAAUCCCACCAAUGACACCGUGGGAGCAGCUAUUAUACUCGACAUCAGCAUCUUCGUGUAUACUCCUUUGCCCCCUCUUUGCAUUAAUCUGCUGGGAUCAAUAUCGAGGGCAAUGACAGCCACGGUUAUAUGCCCCUACCCCAACUUCUCUUUUCUGGUUCAUCGGAGUAGCCGGAACGGUCGAGCGGCUCUUGUCUGGACCAUGGAAUAUUCACCCUUGAGCCUCUCCAUUUCUAGCAAGAGAACAGAAACACCCUGUGAGAACGUCCAUCUACUGAAACUACAGUUACUGAAAUGACUUGGGAUUUCCCCUCUGUAUUGGGACUUUAUUAUGACCCCAGCUCAUUAUAACCAGGGUUUUUUUUCCUGCUGGGAACUCUUGCGUUAAGCCAUUGCUAUGUUUCAACAAGUAUGCCACAAGAGUUUCAUACCAUCUUCCUUGUUGAUCACAGUGGACAAAUAGACCGAGCUGGAAUGGCUCUGGGCUGAAUGAACAGACACGGAGCAAGACUGGGCUGGAACCUGGGAGGAUCUCUCCCUCCAGGAGGAGCAACCUGGCUGUCUAACCUGCGAUGCUGGGACCUAGGGAGAUUUAACACCACUGCAGAUGGCUGUCUGCAGCCUGACACUAGGAUUGUGGCUCCUGCUGCUUCUCCAGGAUAUCCAGACAGCCCCACAGACACCAUUAGCCCCAUCUCAUUCCUGUGAUUCUCAUGAGAAUUGGUUCUAUGAUGAAACUUCACGAAGGUGCUGUUACCAGUGUCCCUCAGGCUAUGUUAAAAAGAAAGCAUGUCCUAGGGACCCAGAUGAAGACUGCAUGAGAUGUGGACCUGAACAGUAUGUGAAUGAAGAAUUCCAAAAGCCACGAUGUGACGCUUGCGUGUCAUGCGCCAAAGAAUCUGACCUCGUGGAGAAAAAGCCCUGCUCCUUCAAUUCUAGCCGCGUGUGCGAGUGCCGGCCAGGCCUGUUCUGUCAAACCCCUGUUCUGAACACCUGCAUACGAUGCCAGCAGCACACCGUCUGCAAGCCUGGCUUUGGAGUCAAAGUCAGAGGCACUUCAACAAAUGAUGUUACUUGCGAAAAGUGCCCUUCUGGGACCUUCUCUGAUCAAAACUCCAGCACCGACAUCUGCAAGCCCCACACAAACUGUGCCAAGUUAAACAAAGUAGCGCAAAGCGAAGGAAAUGCCACACACGAUCGGGUUUGCCUGGACCAAUUGCCCACCUACCUCACCCCAAGCACUUUGUCCAUGAGAUUCAGCAAUGAAUCAAAUAACUCUGACCUAAGGAGGUUUGAGGAGAAACCGGUGACCACUCCUAGUACCGUUUUACGUUCCACUCCUGAGAAGGAAGCUCCGGUUGGCACUUCUCCCACCUCAGCCAAGGGAGAGACGACAGCAGGAGGUCUAGUUCUUUGGGGAGUGGUUCUCUCUGUGACAGUACUACUUGUGGGCACGCUGUUGUUUUGGAAAUGGAAGGUUUGCAAGAAGCGGAUCCUCAUCCUCAAGGGAAAGCCACAUCUGCAUUCCGUCACUGCUCACAAACCCGGGCUCAGAUCUCAAGGUUGUGAUCUAGUGAACAAAUACGCAAAGAUCAUACUGACUACUGAGAGUGGGCCAGAAGAGAAGGAGUUAAUUGAGAGAACCCUCCCUUUGGAAACCAACAAUAACUUGGUCUCCAGCACAGAAAAAGCAUAUAGUCCUGAUCUCAGUCUGACUGAUGUGACCCAGAGCAAUGGAAAUGCCCCAGACUGCUCUAUCGAUUCCCGAGUGAGAGACCACACAAAUAAUCGAAUUGAAAAAAUAUACAUCAUGAAGGCCGACACUGUUAUUGUGGGGUCCAUUUCAGAAGUGCCUAGCGGCAAGAACUGUGCUGCUAGAGGAUGUGAAGGUAAUGUUGAUGCCCAGGAAAACAUGGAGGAGGAACUCGCAAUGCACUAUCCAGAGCAGGAAACAGAGUCUUUUCCAGGGAAUGAAGUAAUGGUUCCUGUGGAAGAGGAGGGAAAGGAAUUUCAUCACCCCACUACUGCCACUGAAAAGUGAUAACCCACUGAGAAGGUGUGUGAAGCUGCAGGAACAUCCAGUGUGACACUAAUCCUGACAACUAUGACAAGGGAGGUAAACACAUAGUGCUGUAGAUUAUCUGAAAACUCUUGAAAAACACUGAAACACGUUCAAACACGGAGUGCUAGAACCUAUUCAUCUAACAGACGAGAGGAUCGUCCAAACCGUUGGCCUUUGUAGCUGACAUCAACUAUUUCCCUUUCCCUCGCUCUCCCAGUAUCGUGCUGGAAACAAGUUUGAGUCGAAGCUACAAAAUUCAGAGGACAUCUGGCUGCCCACUCAAGUUUCACAGCUUGCUUUGUCUGCAUGAAUGGAUGGAUUGAAAACUAUGUCUGAUUACUUCUAUUAGCUAUGAAAAUUCUGGCCAGAAUUCAGAGUCAAGCUUGAGACCCAGCCACGUUUCACUUGUUUCUAUCCCAUUAUUACCAGUACUUCCAAUUAUGUCAUAUCUUUUUUCAACAUUUGGUAUUUUUCUUAAGGCCGCAACUCUUGAAUAAAAAGUAAUGACAAUUUCGGUUUUCCCUAACACAAACAGAACUCUUCAGUUUGGGGACUUCAUGUUUCUUGAGGAAAUAGGAUCAAAAGGAACCACACAGGCUCAGAAAACAGAAGGCAAAAGAACUAAUUGAAGCCCACUGUACUUUAGGCCAUUCUUUCUCAUUUUUGAAGUACGAUUCGUGUUUUUUGACUACUUCAAAUCAUCAGUAAGUGUAUGAAAUGGCCUCUUCUGAUGGAAGCCAAACUGGCUGAACAUUUGAAUGUUGCAUGAACUUUGGGAUUAGCCCAGUGUGGAGUCUGUAAAAAGGGAAAAGAAGAAAAUAAAGUUGAUUUCUACAAGAAGGAUAGACUGAAAAAACAGGCACGGCAGUUAUUUCGUAUAACAUUGUUAAUAUCUGCUUGUUUUAGAAUUGCUCAUAAUCAUCAGGGUGACACUGAUUUGCAUCUCUAUUCUUUAAAAAAAACCCUGUUUUGUGGUCAACUGGCUUGUCUUACGCUAUUUCUCAGUCUUUCAUGCCGCAUGUUUGAUAACUGUAAAUAAUAGUGCUGACUAUGUUUUUGCACAGGACAAUGGAAAAUGAGCAAGAUGACAAAGUGUGCCUUAAUAGUCAAAAAAAGGAACCACAAAAACAAUUACUUGCUUUGCAGUUUUACCCUGGCCAGAGUACUGUAAUAACAGCUGUGCGAAAGGAACAUAAGGGCAUAAAAACCACCUUCUUGGGUCAGGCAGUCGUUCGAGCCCAGCAUUUUAUCUCUGACAGUCACAGUAAAGAGCUGUUGUUUCGGAAGAGCGCAUAAGCUUGGUUGCUAUCUGCUGUUUGCAUUCCUCGUACUUCUGCAGUUGGAUUAAGGAUGUUAAAGAGUUUGUCCCAGCCUUUAGUAUUCAUUCACGUUGCCAUUAAUUUUUCUUCUCUCUUUUGAAUUUCCUGGUACAGUCGGGCUCCAUAAGCACCUGUGGCAACAGAGUGCAGAGUUUUACCAUUCCCUGUAUAAAGAAGUACUUUUACCGCUUUUAAACUGACCUCUCGUUUUAGUGGGUGCCACUGGUUCUUGUAUUACAGAAUUUAGUGCAAUACUGAGUUGCUUUUACGAGUCUUGGCUGUAUCCUCCUCACCCUCCAAGCUGAGUUCCCGUAUUUUUAUAUUUCUCAUGUAAGUUAGAUACUCCACUGCCUUCGUCAUUUUAGUUGACCUCUUCUGCAACUUUUGUAACUUCACUACAUUCUUCUGGACAUCUGGAAGCCAGAACCAUGCACUGCACUGAAGAAGAGGCGUGGGCCAAGGGUUUAAGUAGUGGCAAAACGAUGCUGGUUUGUUCUCAGUACCGCUCCGGCUGAUGCCCACCAUUUUGUUUGCUUUUUUUGGCUGCCCCUGCGCACUAAGCAGAUGAUUUCAGAGAACCAUUGAGGAUGACUCCAAGAUAGCUGCUAGAUGCCAAUUCAGCACCACGUUCGCCUAGUUAAGACUAUUUUUCUCUAGACGUACCAUCUUGUGUUUAUCUGUAGAAGCUCAUUUGCUACCCUUUUAUGAGCUCCUUCUGGCUUUAUUUGCCUUCUGUACGUCAUGUAACUACCUGGAGCAGUUUAGUGUUACCUUCAUUGCACGGGCGCCCUUUUCUCCAGCUCGUUGAUGAAGAUACUGACUAGAACUGGCCCCACCAAGCCCCACUGCUGACUGUUCUCUCUCCUGAAAAAUUACCAUUAUGGUGUGCUUUCCUUCCUGCCUUUUAAACAGCCAUAACUUUUGUAUCUUGUAACCUUUUAGCAAAUCCAUAAAAUAACCUCUUCCCCAGUCCUGUGACAACUUUGUUUUUCCACCACUGUAGGCGUGGAACCUCAUCAAAGGCUUUUUUAAAAUCUCCAUGUAGUAGGUCUACUGGGUCUUGUUUAUCCAUUCAGCCUCACAGUAUAAGGGAAGGUAUGUUAUCAAGAUCUUGUGACUGAAGAAACAAAUCCAGCGAAAUUCAUACUUUUCUGGAACCACAGCCCCAGAGAUGGCAUGGGAGAAUCUCAGCAUUACGCUAGUGACAGACUUGCAGCAGCGGAUAGUGUGCCUGUGGUACAUUUGAAAACUGGUUGCAAUUUCAAGUGCUAUUAGUUCCAGUAUUUACUUCUGAAUGCCACUCUUCUCAGCAAGUCCAGAACAUAAAAUGGUUUCUAAAGACAACUGCUGCCACUAUAUGUUUUAGUUCACAUGCUGAGCCUUGCAAGAGAGGCGAUUAGUGAAUCCUUUCUGUGUACUUGUGUUUGCACUUGUUUCGUUUCAUUCGGAAGAUAAGCUGCUCCUAAUGCCCAGACCAGAAUUUCUUUGGCUCUCAGCGUUGCCAUGUCAGCGGCAGCGACGUGAGGUGAAGAAGGAAACAAAAUUAACAUUUUUUGGUUUAAGUGCUUGUUGUGCAACAGAGGGUCAAGUCACCAAGUACUGACAUAAAACAGCAAUGCAAAGAAGAAGGAAAAGCUGCGUAGGACAAAUACUGGUCAGCCUUUCCUCAUUUCCAGUGCGGGUAGUUCAUCGCUUUCCAGUGCGGAUAUUUCAUUCUGGAGAGACAGAGGAAUUUCUAUUUCAUUUUAGAGAACAACCAUUUGUGUGUCCCCAGACUGUGGAUAACCGUGUUCACCUGGCUGUGAUUGUUAAAGGAUGUUCUGUAGUGACAGCUAACUGUAUAUUUCAGCUCUGUAUAUAAAUCAAUCUUUUUUUUACUGGAACAGCUUUUUAGAUGAAUCAUACGGAUCGCAGCCUGCUACAUGUGUUAGCCUUGGUUAGCUUGAUAACGCCGGUAAUCUUUGAAUUAAAAACUACAUGGAU